GUGGAAACGAUGCUGAAUAUUUUAGGAAUAGAAAGGGUUACUUUUCUGUAAAUGUUCAAGCAGUCUGCAAUGCAAAUUUAGAGAUAACCGAUCUUGUGGCUCGUUGGCAAGGAUCAGUGCACGAUGCUACAAUUUUCAACAAUUCAAGAAUACGUGCUUUAUUUGAAGCUGGAACAUUUCAAAAUUCGUUGCUAUUAGGUGACGGUGGUUAUGCCGUUCGCUCGUAUUUUAUGACUCCUUUACAAAAUCCACGAACUCGUGCGGAGCAUCUAUAUAAUGAAUCACAUAUACGAACACGCAAUACCAUCGAGCGUGUAUUCGGAAUAUGGAAAAGAAGAUUCCCUAUUUUAGCACUUGGGUCCCGAUUUCAAAAAGUGGAUAAAGUGCUACCUGUUAUUAUUGCAACUGCUGUGUUGCAUAAUAUUGCUCGACGUGCUAGAGAUCCAGUACCAGCAAACGAUCCUAAAUUAGUAUUACCUGCUCCAUGGGAAAAUCUUUUACAAGAAGGAAAUAUAGCUUAUAGACAUGAUGGACCCGGUAACAAUGGCAUGCAGCAUGCAAUAAUCAACGAUUAUUUCCAAAGCUUAUUGUAGAAUAAUCAGGUGGUAAAUGUGCUACAUUUUGGACUACUCCAUGAUGAAAAAAGUGAUAGUAUAGAGGAAUAGUAUUUGCAGUCCUGCUAUUGUAUCUUGAAAUAAAAUAUUGAUAUUUUACACGGUUUUUUAUUGAUACUACAAAAUUGACCAAAGUAUAUAGUCACAAAAAAUACACAUCGCAAGUUGGCAUAAGUGAAGAAUCCUAGAAAGGGAGAAAUAAAAAGUGGAGCAACUGUCGAUAAAAAAUUAUAAUUUUUAUUUAAAUAAUUUUCAUAUUUGGUACCUUAUCAAUAUUGUUACAAUU